GGGCCCGGUGCCCCCCCCCCCGCCCUCCCCUCCUCGGCCGGUGCUGCCCUCAGAGCCGCGAUGGGAGCGUCAGUGGGCUGAGCCCCCCCCAGGCCCCGCGGCGACGCCCGGACAGGACCGACAUGGAGCCCUGAGAGGAGGCGCCGCCGGGGCCGGCGGAGGAUGGCGAAGCUGCUGGUCCCCCUGGUGAUGCUGGGGGCGGUGGCGGGGUCCCACCGCUGCCCCCCCCGCUGCCUCUGCCCCGCGGCCGCCCCCAACCCCACCCUCCUCUGCGCCCGCACCGGCCUCCUGGCCGUGCCCCCCACCCUGGACCGCGCCGCCGUGGAGCUGCGUCUCGCCGACAACUUCAUCGGCGCCGUGGGACGCGCCGACUUCGCCAACAUGAGCAGCCUGGUCCACCUCACCCUCUCCCGCAACGGGCUGCGCCGGUUGGCGCCCGGCGCCUUUGCCGAUCUCCGUGCCCUCCGUGCCCUCCACCUGGACGGCAACCGGCUGCCGGCGCUGAGCGGGGCGCAGCUGCGGGGCUUGGCCAGCCUCCGCCACCUCAUCUUGGCCAACAACCAACUGGCCGCCAUCGAACCCGCUGCCUUCGCCGCCUUCGCCGCCACGGUGGAGGAUCUCGACCUCUCCCAUAACAAUUUGCCGGCCUUGCCGUGGGAGGCGGUGGCCGGCAUGGCCAGUUUGGCCACCCUCACCUUGGAUCACAACCUCUUGGAGCGGGUCCCCGCCGGGGCGGUGGCGCGGUUACCCCGCUUGGCGCGGUUGGACCUCACCGCCAACCGCCUACGGGCGUUACCACCGGUGCCGGGACCGCCGGGACCCAGUUUGGCGGCGGGGGGGAACCCUUUGCAUUGCAACUGCGAGCUGCUGUGGUUGCGCCGUUUGGCGCAGCCGGGCCGGUUGGAGAGCUGCGCCUCGCCGCCACCGCUCGCCGGCCGCUUGCUGUGGGCCGUGCCGGAGGAGGAGCUGGCGUGCCGGGCGCCGGCCAUUGCCGGAGCAGCCGCCGACCCUGCCGCCGUGUUGGAAGGUCAACCCUUACGGUUGGGUUGCGCCGCCGCCGGCGACCCGCCGCCGGCGCUGCAUUGGUUGGGUCCCGAUGGGCGGUUGGUGCAGAACGGGUCACGCCGCGCCGUCCGGCCCGACGGCUCCUUGGAGCUGCGGGUGGCCACGCUCCGCGACCACGGCGCCUUCACCUGCGUCGCCUCCAACGCCGCCGGCGAGGCGGCUGCCCGGGUGCAGGUGGCCGUCCUGCCACUGCCCGUCCCUCAUGGGGAUGGGGAUGGGGAUGCCGAAGCCGGGCCCGGUCCUUCUGACAUGGCUCGCGCCGGUGGCAACGAGUCGCGGGUGGCGGGCGAGCGGCGCAUCGUGGCGGCCGAGCUGACGGCCUCCUCGGCGCGCAUCCGCUGGCUGCCCCAGCGCCACGUCCCUGGCAUCCGCAUGUUCCAGAUCCAGUACAACAGCUCCCUCGACGACUCCCUCGUCUACAGGCUGCUGCCCCCCUCCAGCCGGAGCUUCGUGCUGCGGGACCUGGCGGCGGGGCGCGAGUACGACCUCUGCGUCUCGGCGCUCUACGCCGAAGGGGCGAUGGCGCUGCCCACCGCGCGCGCCCUCGGCUGCGUCCGCUUCGCCACAGCCGGCGGGGCUCCCGGCUGCGCCGCCCUCCCCCGACCCCAUUUUUUGGGGGGCACCGUCAUCAUCGUCAUCGGCGCCGCCAUUGCCGCUUCCGUCCUCGUCUUCAUCCUCAUCCUCACCGCCCGCUACAAGGCGGCAGCUGCCCGCCGCCCCCCUGCCGCCGUCGCCAGCGUCUGCUCCCAGACCAACGGCACCCACAGACCCCCUGAGCCGGAGCCGCCGCCGCCACCGCCGCCGCCGCUGCCCCCCGUCCUCCCACCCCCGGCACCCAUGGGUGCUGCCGGUGGGGGGGCGCGGGGGCUCUUCCCCAGCCACAGCUACCCGCGGCGCGCACGGACUCGGCGCCACGGCUCACUGCCGCGCCUCGACCUGCCCGACGCGGCCCCCACCCUGCGGCCCUCCUUCGGCAGCACCCACUGGAUGCUCGAGAGCACCGUCUAGGGGGGGGGGGGGGGGGGCAAGCGGCACCCUAGGGUGCUUGGAGGCAGCACCCCCCCCCCCCGGUGGCACCGGGUCCUCAGCAUCCCUGUACACUCCUGGGUGCUCACGUGCACCCCUGGGUGCCCGAAUGCAGCCUUGGGUGCCCGAAUGCAGCCUUGGGUGCUCCUGUGCACCCUUGGGUGCUGAAACGCAGCCUUGGGUGCUUCUGGGUGACCAAACGCACCCUUGGGUGCCCGAACGCACCCUUGGGUGCUCCUGGGUGACCAAAUGCAGCCUUGGGUACUCCUAUGCAGCCUUGGGUGCCCGAAUGCACCCUUGGGUGCUCCUGGGUGUCUGAACACACCCUUGGGUGCUUCUGUGCAGCCUUGGGUGCCCGAAUGCAGCCUUGGGUGCUCCUGUGCACCCUUGGGUGCUCCUGGGUUGCUGAAGACAGCCUUGGGUGCUCCUGUGCACCCUUGGGUUCCCGAAUGCAGCCUUGGGUGCUCCUGGGUUGCUGAAGACAGCCUUGGAUGCUGCUGUGCACCCUUGGGUGCUCCUGGGUGACCAAACGCACCUUUGGGUGCUCUUGGGUGCCUGGUGCACCCCUGGGUGCCUGUAU